AUGACUGGGACACUCGCUAUGAUUUACCGGAUUUCUAUGCCAAGUGCCAUGGGAUACAACCGAAUGCCUUUCGCCCUCUGUCCCGAAAUCGAUGUUGGAGACAGUAACGAGGACAACGUAACCGAGCAUAGGACAAGGUCGCGGUUGUUAACCCUGGAAAUAUAUGCCAUGGAGUUUAAUUUCGUUAGUGCUCCUGAACUGAAUGCUGCAAUGAGGAUAAUCUUCAACUCUCUUGCUCCUCAAGCCUUCCUCCUGACCCUCAGUUUUCCCGUUUUCCUCGAUAUUGCCGUUCGCCCAAACCUGUACCAGCUCGUAGUACGUUUCCACCAGUACUACUGGCUAGCGGCUACUUUCAAGUCACGAUACUCCCCCAUUUCGUCAAUAACACACGCGAAACGAGUUGCCGCUUUUCCAUUACCAAGGGUCUCUGACCCUCUACGCGUGACCGUCGCUUCAAUAUUCGCCAUGCCAGUCCUAGCUACCUAUGCUGGGUUGUCGACGACACGGUCAAUGAAGCGCGCUCGAAUAGUGCAAUGGCAAGAAUCGAUUCGACACGUCCAAAGGAUGUGCCUGAAGGUGUUCAGAGAGCACCGUCCAGGAACCUUGAGGAGUGCCGGCCCCGCAUCUUCGUGCUACAACUGUUCGGCUUCACUGGUCUCCAUGACACAAGAAGAAGGCGGGUCCUGUAUAUGCACCACGCUGGUCGUCGGUAGUCUCGUCAGCAUUGUCAGCCACUGGCUGCCUCGUCAUGCCGUUAUUGUUGCCUGGUCUAGAUGGAGCCGAGACUCAUGCGGGUGGGUAUUCAUACAGGCGCAACUUGGACUCUGCUCUUCAUUCCGCCUCUUCCUCUCCUCGAUUCUCUCCCUUUCGUUCUCUCUUGCCUUGACUCCUAUCCUCGAGAGCAUGUUCUUCUCACUGUUUAGCAUGCAUUCAAAAGGCGACAUUGCUGCUAGCACGGCAAACAAAGAGUAUCCUUCUCGAGCUAUACUUGUAACACGACGUCGAGGUUUCUGGCUCAAGUACAGUAAAGAAAGGUCUAACGAUAUUUAUGCCAUUCAAAAUGGGGCCUUGUCGCGUUAUACACCCUGUCGACGCUGUUCAAAUCUAGAACGAAGCCAUGAAGAUAGCCAGGUGGAGAACGGGGUGAAAUUGAACGUCAAACGAAGAUAUCACGGUCGUCAGUGUGAAAUAUUAAUGGGUGGACUGAAAUUUCUUGGUGUCGAACUCAUGGGCAGCAAGGAAAAGCUUUGUUUUUCUUGGGGGUUUUCUAUCACGUACAGUAUUCCACAUCAUUUGAAUGCUAAGGAUUCGGAGCUCGAAAGGAUCGUCAGUGGGGAUAGUGGCAGGUUGGCAAUUGUAGGUCACUAUUCGACAUUCGGUGAGGCAUUUUCCGUUGCUUUGGGGAUCAACGAUCUCUGGCAGAUGCUCGAGCGUGGACCAACUUUGCACAUCCCACUCGUUCGGUAUUCACAGCUGCAAUAUCCGUAUAAUAAAGACAAGAGCCCUCUACGGAUUUCUGUUAGGAACACCAGAGGUAUGCACCAUUGUCGUGAUUGUUUGAACUCGUCUAAUAAACAGAUACGACUAGAAGAAUUUUUGAGCGGUGCCACGCUGCCAGUCUCGAAGACUAGGGAAAAAUCACGGCAAAUUUACAGGGCUGUCGAUAAAGCACGCGCAAGCCUCGCGGUUGUUGCACUCUCAAGAAUACAGAGUGAAGGAACUAGCAUCGGGCAUGCGUGCACUGAAGGACAUGCGCGGACCAGAGUGAGGUGGACGAGGGGAAGAGGAGCGCGGAAAGAGAUGCCCGAAGACGUGUACAUGGGAGGGAGGCAUGCGGAGAUGCACGCGGGAGAGAGACAUGUCCGAAAGCGCGCGUGGGAAGGGAGUGGACAUAGCAGAGGGUGGUUGUGGGAUGGCCUGGUUGUGACUGAAGGAAGAAAAGGGAAGAUGGCGUGGCGAGGACGGAGGUGGUAA